GUGGCAGCCUGCUUCCCGAAGAUGGACGCGAAGUCCACGGCUUCGAAGACUCGGCAGUAGAGGGUGGAGGCGGCAUGGGCGGUGGAGCAGCUUGCGACCUGGAGGUGCUUGCGGUCGCGGAGGGGGGUGGCGGUGGCGCCAGCAGUGCCCCAACCGAGGAGUGCGGACCCACGACUCCCACAGAGGACUUCAUAUCUGCUGCCAGAAUCGCGCUCGCAAGGCACGUUUUCAGCUUCUCCACUCCGCCGGGUGCGGAGAGUAGCCACCGGUCCUCGAGUUCUCGAGUGGAUGGAGGUGGCCCCGUGUUGAUUCUCGAGGAGCUCCCUGAAACGGACAUGACGGAAAUGGCGGCUGCCAAGGCCUUGGCCGAACAUCUGCUCAAAUUGCACCAGGACACGCAGCUCACUAGCAAGGCUUUGGCGCGACACUUGUUGUCUUUCCCCGAAAGCGCUGGUUUAGGAAGUGCCUUGUCGGAUGAGCCUCCUGGCCCCCCUCCCUGCAGCCCGCAUGGGCAAACAUGGCAGAGAGAUUCGAGCGAAGAGGCGGCCGCCGCCCUGGCACGUCAUCUCAUGACCCUUGAAGAAGGAAAGUUGCUUGAAGAGAGCCCGGCAAGCCGCGAUGCAUGUGUGAGCUCCAACCCCAGCGUGGAGAUCACCACAGUUGCCAGGGCUUUGGCACACCAAGUGUUGAACAUGGAGGUAGGGUCAGGAGCACAAAUCUGUGAUCCUGAUACAGUCGCCGUGGCACGUGCGCUGGCGCACCACGCCUUAGGAUAA